AGAUGAAGAAAUGGGGAGCAUCAUCGAGAACAACACGUUUGACUUGGUGAACCUACCUCCGGGGCGUAAGGCGAUUUCUUCCAAGUGGCUCUUCAAGCGCAAGACCGACGCCGACGGCAACAUUGAGCGCUACAAGAGCAGACUUGUAGCCAAGGGGUAUCAGCAGCAAGAGAAGAAGGACUACAAUGAAGUGUAUGCCCCUGUGAACCAGAGGACAUGACAAGUGUGGGAGGCUUCAUCUGCUGUGUUGGUGGAGGCCCAACAGCUUGGGAGAGCAAGAAACAAGUGGACCAAGCAUUGAGCUCGGUGGAGUCCGAGUACAUGGCACUCUUCCGUGCCAUAAGAGAGGUUGUGUGGCAGCGGCGUUUGCUAGCUGAAUUGGGGGA